CUAACUCUCCGCGCCCUGUUCUGUGGUUUGGGUCGGCUCUCUGAAGGGUGUGCUGACUCGUUUUUUUCCUUAAGAAGUUCUGAGUCCUAGGGAUCCAUCUUGCGGAUCCGGGGUCCAAGAUGGACAAAGUCUGUGCAGUUUUUGGAGGCUCCCGGGGGAUCGGCAGGGCUGUAGCCCAGCUCAUGGCCCAGAAGGGCUAUCGCCUGGCGAUCGUCGCCAGAAACCUGGACGUGGCCAAAGCCGCCGCCGGCGAGCUCGGCGGAAACCACUUGGCAUUUAGCUGUGAUGUUGGUAAAGAACAGGAUGUUCAAAAUACAUUUAAGGAGAUGGAGAAACAUUUAGGACCAGUAAAUUUCUUGGUAAAUGCAGCUGGCAUUAACAGAGACAGGCUUUUAGUAAGAACAAAAACUGAAGAUAUGAUAUCUCAGCUUCACACUAACCUCCUGGGCUCCAUGCUGACGUGUAAGGCUGCCAUGAGGACAAUGAUUGAGAAGGGUGGAUCCAUUGUUAAUGUAGGGAGUGUCAUUGGUUUGAAAGGCAAUGUCGGCCAGUGCGCGUACAGUGCUAGCAAAGGUGGGAUCAUUGGGUUUUCACGCUCCCUUGCCAAAGAGGUUGCACGGAAGAAAGUCAGAGUGAAUGUGGUUGCACCAGGAUUUAUUCGCACGGAUAUGACAAAACACUUGAAAGAAGAAUAUUUAAAGACAAACAUUCCUCUUGGGCGAUUUGGAGACCCUCUUGAGGUGGCACAUGCGGUUGUGUUUCUUUUAGAGUCACCAUACGUCACGGGACAUGUGCUGGUCGUGGAUGGAGGAUUACAACUGACCGUCUAAUUAGAGAUGAUUUUGCUGUAAUGGUGAUUAGGGUCAAGCGGACAUUUGCCUAUUAAUUAGGCAAAUCAUAUCAUAUGGGUGACAUUUGCUAAUGGAAACAAUUUGUGAUGCUACAAAUGAGUCCAUCUUUGUAUGAACAUGUCUCGAACAAUGUGUGACCAGUUGUAAUCUAAAA